AUGUUUUACUCUCAGACGUUUUUGGCGCGAAAAGGACGGCUCUCAACUGUUUGGAUUGCUGCUCAUCUUCAACACAGACUCAAGAAAUCUCAAUACACGUCCACUGACAUCCCUUCCACCGUUCAACAUAUAAUGGAUCCUGGGGUUCCCAUAUCUUUGAGAAUGUCAGCUCACCUACUCUUAGGUGUUGUUCGUAUUUAUUCAAAGAAAGUUGAUUAUCUUCUGAAUGAUUGCAAUAUUGUUCGUACUGUUUUAUACAAAGUAUUUGCUGUUGUAUCAAAUCAUACUUUACCCGAGGAUGGAAUGCAAGCACCUCUUCAUACUAUCACCAUGCCAGCCACUUUUGACCUUGAUGCGCUUAACUUGAGCUAUGGAAUGGAUGUUAAUGGGUAUGAGGAUCAUCACAUGAAGAGUCUAGAAGAUAUUACUCUUGCAGAUGAAAAUCCUACUGUACUGGAGAAUUAUGUGACUAUACGAUUUGAUGAGGACACAACAUUUAGUUCUCCAAACACACAACUGCUUCCGGAUUCCGAUGCAAGACCAAUAGAGGAAGACAUUAUUCCUCAAUCUCCAUUGACAAUUGGAGCAGAUUUUCAAGAUGUUGGUCCAAGUUCCCAUACAGAGUCACAUGCUACUGAUCAUACAGUUGAGAAUAGCGUACCUAGCUUUAUGGAUCCCAUUACUGAACAGGCAAUACCAGUGGAGAAUAAUCUCCGUUAUGCCACCAAUGAUUAUGCCACCAAUUAUUAUGAUGCUAUUGAAAAUCUGCAAAACAGUGGGCAUAAUGAUAUCGAACUCACCCUCAUAACCAUCACUUUGCUAAUCUCGAUAGUGGUUCCUGAAGAUCAGCUGCCUCAACCUGAAUCUCUACCCAAUUGUGAUCCACUGCCAUGUUCUGAACAACUUGAAGACAUUCGCAUCAGAGACGUCAAACCAAUGCAUCAUGAUCAUCUUGCUCGGUAUGAUACAGUUCCCAACAACAUAUCUGGAGUUUGUCUUAGGAGUGCCCGACACUCUCUUCAUCUGAUCAGCUUGAUUGACCAUCCUAGCACCAAAGGAAAAUAG